UGUUCUGUGCAAGUAGCCCCAGGAAGAAAAGCAGUUAUAAGGAGGCAGCUAUUGAGCUUGGAGAAGAAUUGGUUUCAAAGAACAUUGAUUUGGUUUAUGGAGGAGGGAGUGUUGGCUUGAUGGGGUUGAUUUCCCAAGCUGUUUAUGAUGGUGGUAGACAUGUCAUUGGAGUUAUCCCCAAGACACUCAUGCCUAGAGAGAUAACUGGAGAAACAGUGGGGGAAGUGAAGGCAGUAGCAGACAUGCACCAAAGGAAGGCAGAGAUGGCUAAGCACUCAGAUGCCUUUAUUGCCUUACCUGGUGGCUAUGGGACUCUUGAAGAACUUCUUGAAGUGAUCACAUGGGCCCAGCUGGGAAUCCAUGAUAAACCUGUGGGAUUGUUGAAUGUGGACGGGUUUUAUAACUCAUUGUUGUCGUUUAUUGACAAGGCUGUUGAAGAAGGUUUCAUUAGUCCAACUGCACGACACAUAAUCGUUUCUGCCCCUACUGCUAAGGAGCUAGUGAAGAAAAUGGAGGAAUAUUUCCCACGCCAUGAAAGAGUUGCUUCAAAGCUAAGCUGGGAAAUUGAACAGCUAAGCUACCCCACAAUAUGUGACAUUUCAAGAUGAGCAAAUUAAGACCUGGGGAGAAAGAGGUCGGCCAGCUACCUCUUCUUUGUUGAAAGGAAACUAAUUUUAGAUUACUGAAACCUUUCCCCAACUGGGAAUUCCAUUUUUCUGUAAUUUCCCUUUUUUGUUAGUGUAAACUGAGAAAAAAAAAAGAAAAAAAAAAUUAAUUGACCUCAACAAGUUAUGUAGCUUGAUUAAUUACAACUGUCUUCAAUUUGGAAUUUGGUUUUUAGUUAUAAUGUUCAAUCUAUGCUGAAAUGAUUUGUGUAAUAAUAUUGUAAAGUUCUUUUCUUUUUCAUCCCUUUUUGCAAACUUCUGUAAAUUCAUAUCA